CGUGUUUGCGUAUGGUCACAGUUCCCGCCAUCAGCUGCUUUCCCUGAGUAGGGGUUAGCUAGCGACCCAGCUCCACCGUGGUCGGUGUCCCUUCUUUCUUUGCCCGCGCCCUUUCCCUUCCGUGCGGAUUCUGUGCUUUCCGCGGGCCUGUCCUGGGGCUCCGGACCCGAAGGCACAGCUGAGCUGAUGGCUUCCGGAGGACUGGCAUAGCUGCAGAAUAUGAGUAGUUCCCCAAGAAGAGUGCUUUGCCUUUGGCACAAGGAUCAGAAUAAAGAUGAAUUGUUAACAUAAGGUUUUUCAGUAAAAGUCACUGAAAAAACCUAUCAGGUAAAGGUGUAUUUUUCUUUUUUAAGUUUGCUAGAAGCAAUUUAUUUUUAAAGAAAGUAUGUCUCCUCUGAAGAUACAUGGUCCUAUCAGAAUUCGAAGUAUGCAGACUGGGAUUACAAAGUGGAAAGAAGGAUCCUUUGAAAUUGUGGAAAAAGAAAAUAAAGUCAGCCUAGUGGUCCACUACAAUACUGGAGGAAUUCCAAGGAUAUUUCAGCUAAGUCAUAAUAUUAAAAAUGUGGUGCUUCGGCCCAGUGGAGCAAAACAAAGCCGCCUAAUGUUAACUCUACAAGAUAACAGCUUCUUGUCUAUUGACAAAGUACCAAGUAAGGAUGCUGAGGAAAUGAGGUUGUUUCUAGAUGCAGUCCAUCAAAACAGACUUCAUGCAGCCAUGAAGCCUUCACAGGGUUCUGGUAGUUUUGGAGCUAUUCUGGGCAGCAGGACCUCACAGAAGGAAACCAAUAGGCAGCUUUCUUACUCAGACAAUCAGGCCUCUUCAAAAAGAGGAAGUUUGGAUACCAGAGAUGAUAUUCCGUUUCGAAAAGUUCUUGGUAAUCCAGCUAGAGGAUCUAUUAAGACUGCAGCAGGAAGUGGAAUACCUGUUUCCCGGACGAUUCCUUCUUUGACGUCUACAUCAACACCUCUUAGAUCAGGUUUAUUAGAAAAUAGGACUGAAAAGAGGAAAAGAAUGCUGUCAUCUGGCUCAGAGUUGAAUGAAGAUUACCCUAAGGAAAAUGAUUCAUCAUCGAACAACAAGGCUAUGACAGAUCCCUCAAGAAAAUACUUAACUAGCAGUAGAGAAAAACAACUCAGUUUGAAACAGUCAGAAGAGAAUAGAACAUCAGGGCUUUUACCUUUACAAUCAUCAUCCUUUUAUGGUAGCAGAGCUGGAUCCAGGGACUUCUCUUCUGGGAGCACUAACUUAGACAGGACUAAUGUUUCAAGCCAAACUCCCUCUGCCAAAAGAAGUUUGGGAUUUCUUCCUCAGCCAGCACCUCUUUCUGUUAAAAAACUGAGGUGUAAUCAAGAUUACACUGGCUGGAACAAACCAAGAAUGCCCCUUUCCUCUCACCCACAACAACUGCAGGGCUUCUCCAAUUUGGGAAAUACAUGCUAUAUGAAUGCUAUUUUGCAAUCUCUCUUUUCACUCCAGUCGUUUGCAAACGAUUUGCUUAAGCAGAGUAUCCCAUGGAAGAAAAUUCCACUCAAUGCACUUAUCAGACGCUUUGCACACCUGCUUGUUAAAAAAGAUAUCUGUAAUUCAGAGACCAAAAAAGAUUUACUCAAGAAGGUUAAAAAUGCCAUUUCAGCUACAGCAGAGAGAUUCUCUGGUUAUAUGCAGAAUGAUGCUCAUGAAUUUUUAAGUCAAUGCUUAGACCAGCUGAAAGAGGAUAUGGAAAAAUUAAAUAAAACUUGGAAGACUGAACCUGUUCCUGGAGAAGAUUCACCAGAUAUUUCAGCCACCAGAGUAUAUACUUGCCCUGUUAUUACUAAUUUGGAGUUUGAGGUUCAGCAUUCCAUUAUUUGUAAAGCAUGUGGAGAGACUAUUCCCAAAAAAGAACAGUUUAAUGACCUCUCUAUCGACCUUCCUCGAAGGAAAAAGCCACUCCCUCCUCGAUCAAUUCAAGAUUCUCUUGAUCUUUUCUUUAGGGCAGAAGAACUUGAAUAUUCCUGUGAGAAGUGUGGUGGGAAGUGUGCUCUUGUCAGGCACAAAUUUAACAGGCUACCCAGGGUCCUCAUUCUUCAUUUGAAACGAUACAGCUUUAAUGUUGCUCUCUCACUUAACAAUAAGAUUGGACAGCAAGUCAUCAUUCCAAGAUACCUCACCUUGUCAUCGCAUUGCACUGAAAAUACAAAACCACCCUUUACCCUCAGUUGGAAUGCACAUAUGGCAAUUUCUAGACCAUUGAAAGCCUCUCAAAUGGUGAAUUCCUGCAUCACCAGCCCUUCUACACCUUCAAAGAAAUUUACCUUCAAAUCCAAGAGCUCCCUGGCUUUAUACCUUGAUUCAGACAGUGAGGAUGAGCUAAAACGCUCAGUGGCCUUUAGCCAGAGACUUUGUGAAAUGUCAGGCAGCGAACAGCAGCAGGAAGACCUGGAAAAAGAUUCAAAAUUAUGCACAAUGGAGCCUGAGAAGUCUGAAUUAGAAAACUCAGGAUAUGAUGGAAUGAGCGAAGAAGAGCUUCUAGCAGCUGUCUUAGAGAUAAGUAAGAGAGAUAUUUCACUCUCUCUGAGUCAUGAAGAUGAUGAUAAACCAACCAGUAGCCCAGAUACUGGAUUUGCAGAGGAUGAUAUUCAGGAAAUGCCUGAAAAUCUGGAAUCUGUGGAAACUGAGAAGCCCAAAGCAAUCACAGAGCCAGAUCCUGCCAGUUUUACUGAGAUAACUAAAGACUGUGAUGAGAAUAAAGAAAACAAAACCCCAGAAGGAUCUCAGGGAGAGGUUGAUUGGCUCCAGCAAUAUGAUAUGGAGCGUGAAAGGGAAGAACAAGAGCUUCAGCAGGCAUUGGCUCAGAGCCUUCAGGAGCAAGAGGCUUGGGAACAGAAAGAAGAUGAUGACAUCAAAAGAGCAACAGAGUUAAGUCUUCAAGAGUUUAACAACUCCUUUCUGGAUGCAUUGGGUUCUGAUGAGGACUCUGGAAAUGAGGAUGUUUUAGAUAUGGAGUACACAGAAUCUGAAGCUGAGGAACUGAAAAGAAAUGCUGAGACAGGAACUCUUCCUCAUUCAUAUCGGCUCAUCAGUGUUGUCAGUCACAUUGGUAGCACUUCUUCUUCAGGUCAUUACAUUAGUGAUGUGUACGACAUUAAGAAGCAGGCGUGGUUUACUUAUAAUGAUCUAGAGGUAUCUAAAAUCCAAGAGGCUUCCGUGCAGAGUGAUCGGGAUCGGAGUGGUUACAUCUUCUUUUACAUGCACAAGGAGAUCUUUGAUGAGCUGCUGGAAACAGAAAAGAACUCUCAGGCACUUAGCAUGGAAGCAGGGAAGACCACUCGUCAGACCUCGUGAGGAAAAACUUCCUGGGUUGGCAGUGUGCACUGCAUGUUCUCUUUUACUGCCUCCCACUAAACCUUUCCUCUGCCAGAGGAGAGUUCAGAACUGUACUUAAUGCGGGAGCAGCAAACAGCUCAGGGCCCAACCAAAAGAGGAAAAUUGCAAUUAUGCAGAAUGCUCCAUGCUGUUUUAUGGAAACCUUGGUCUCACACCUGUAGCUGAUUAUCCUCUUUUUCUCCCACAAGAGUGGAACUUCCUAUUGUCUUAGGAAUACAUGUUGUAAAUAGAUAGAUGUAUACACACACAUGUACACACACACAGAAUGAAUGGAGCCUUAAAAAGUUAGAAUGAGUCACCAGAGUAUGCCUGUUCAAAAUUAAUAGCACAGCAGUUUGGAGAAGAAAUGAAGGUGUCAAAUAGUCCAUUCACCUGAGAAAUGUGUGAAGGAUACACAGUUGGCUUUUAGCUUUUACGUUCUUUGAGUAGUUUCACUCAAGGCUAUAAUCUUUCAUGUGAUUCUUAUUAGUAAAGUUCACUGGAAAGCCAGCUCUCCAUGUUACACUAAUGAUAGUUUGGCCUCCUUGCAAGGGAUGGGCUUUUCUGUCACAUGACUUGAGUUUUGUUGUUGUUUUGUUUUGUUUUUUUUUAAUUUCAUGGAUUUGUAAUGCCGUUGCUGUUUACAUGCAGUCCCAAGAAAUGGAUUGUUGGUGCUUUGGAAUUUGUUAUAUAGUCCCAAUUUGAUAUUCAUUGUACACUCUGCAUUUUCUUUAAUGAGAUUCCUUCAUGCAAUAUGUUCAUCAUAUAUCAUCUAUAUUAUUAGAGAGGUGAAGAAAAGAGUCUUUUGUUUUUCUUCUGUAUCAUUCUUCCAUGAAACAGACACUACCUUAACAGGUUGUAACCAAAACUUUUAGGAGUUAGGAAGAUAAUGUCCCAUUUGGGACUCACCAUCAGGUAUUCUUUGAAGAGGCAGCAGAGAUGUUUAGGGUUAGGGAAGAAUGCUAGCAUCUCUGGACCACUAAUGCAAAAAGCCCUACCGCAAGUGUGAAAUUAAGUUUAUGAGUAUAGGAUAGAGCUUGAACAUUUAACUUUUUGCUGUCUGGCUUUGCCCUUAAAACAGGGUGGGAAUAAAAUGCAAUUGGUGUAGGUAAUACCAAGAACUAACAAAUAAAGGUGCAUAAUAUAUUUAUCUUACUGUUCAGGUGCUUUAAGUUGAUGUUAAAUGCGGGCACAACAUAAUGUGCAACAUUAGUUUCUCAGCUGACAUUACCAGUUUAGUAGGCAGCUUGCAAACCAUACAAACAAUGAAUUUGAGGGUAGAAUUCUGUCAGGUGUCAUUAGGAUCUCACAGUUAAUUAUAGAAAAAUGAAACCUUCAGUAUUUUCUUUCAUGUUUUUUCUUUCUUUUAUUGUAAACGGGGAUUAUUCUUCAGUUCUGACAUAGGGACAAAACCACAUCCAUUUUUCAGGGGGAGAAAAUAUUUUAAAAUCCAUCGUCACAGAAGAUGCAAUAUCUUUUCCAAAAGGUUUCCUUAAGAGAUCUGCAGCCCCCACUCUUGGAAUUGGAUGUGUUCUGACAUAGUAACCUAUUCUAAAGCAUCUUUUGAUUGUAAGUGGCCUCAGCACUUUUGCUUAACUACUGAUAAAUGUUAUGCCUCCUUCUCUCUCCCACAUACAUUACUGUAGUGAAUGUUACAAAAUGGUACAGUGGUGGGAUUUGCAGGAGUAGUUUAGAGAAGAGAGGAAUAAUUGUUCAAAGACUAGCUUUUUAAAGUUUAUUUCCACCAGGGAGCCUUUUGUUUUUUGUUUGCUUGAAAAUAACUGGUUUCAUCAUAAAUGAGUAAAGUGGUAAUCAAAUUCUUUAUUUAUUACUGCCCUGUUUUUGCCUUUGGGAGCUUUGAGAGUUCCUGUGUAAAAUGUUUGGGAAUGAUUUGAAGUGAGGGCUGCAGUAGGGCCAAAAGAAAAGUAGAAAAUGCUAAAAGCCUAGACUGCCUCGUGAAGCAGCCCCAUUUGAAUUGCUCUCAUAGCUUGAAUGUGUGUACAGUUUAGAAGUACACUUGCCUCAGAAAUCUGAAUUGAUUUGGUCUUCAUGUCUUGGGUAGUACUUGUUAGUUGAAAAUAAGUUACUGGGAUAUAUGAAUUAUCUCACUGCUCAUAUAAUUACAAGUUUGGGCUUGAAUUUUACUUGAUAUCUAUAUCCAUUGUUGUGGCCUUGUCAGCUUCCCCCUUUCCCUUAAUUUCUUUAACUAUCACUCCUUUCACUACAGUUAAAUGGUCAGUGAAGGGUUAGUGACUACAGAUGGAGAUUUCAGCUGGACUAUGUUGAUAGAGUUUGUUAUUUUUUUGAACUGGCUGUAUAUAUUUAAAAAUUAUAGAUAAUAUAUUAUUUUUUGCACAGUGUAAUCAGUUUGCCAUAGUUGGGGAAUGGGGCAGUUGGCAUACUGGGGUCAGAAAGGGAUGUGUUAGAUAGGGACAGAGUGCUUGAGUCCCAGGCAGUCUACACAAUAACUAAUUAACUUUCUUUAGUGCAAAUGCCAAAUGUGUGGUGACAUUACUUUAAAUGACAUUGAAUUGGAACUUGACAGCACUUAGUUCUGCACAUGACCUUUUGAUCUUAAUUGGAAUUUUUUAAAAGAAAAAUAAACCAAAUAAAAUUCAAGCUUGUUGAUCUUUGUCAUCUAAUAUGGAUAGUUGGAAAGUUGCAUGUGGCCAAAUGCUAUUAUCACUUUAGUUGACAUGACUGAGAAGAUGACUGUUUUGUAGGGAAUAUACUUAUAUUCGAGUGCACACCAUCAGUUUUGGCUCAGCAGGAUAGAUUAGAAGCAAAUCCAUUAAUUGUUCUAUGUAUAUUUUGAUUGCAGAAGCUGUUUGUUUACUUGCCAAGGUCUAUUAAUUUCAGGCCUAACUUAAAUGAUUUAAUAAAUGUAACAAAUGUAAAUGUGUUUACAUUUUAAGUAUGCAGUGAUUCUUACAGAUCAGUUCAUUGACUCCAGGAGGCAAAUAUUAGGCUACACAUGUCUUUCUCUCCUUCAUUGAGUAUAAAAUUCUUCUACAAGUUAAGCUUUAAGAAUUAAAACCUAAGCAAGGUAAUUCAUGAAUUUACUUAUUCUUCCAUACUGUAGUUAGCAUUAUGUAACUAUGUAUAGCUACAGGUACAGUUGUAUACUGAAAAUUUUCUGAAGCCAUCUAAAUUGAAGAGAUUCUUGGCAGGGUUUCAAAUAUAUAGUUGAACAUGGGGGUAGAGAGGGCUGGGGGAAAGGCAGACAGAAAAAAGGAAGUAUAUAAACUCAUUUGAGAUUUAUUGGGAAGAAGUUAUAUUUAAAAAAAUAAAAAUAUUAUUAUUCUCCCUCUUCUCUCCUCUGAAAUGACUGCAGUGGAUUAUCUUAGUUAUUCAUCCAUUUUCUCCCCCAUUUGAUUUAAUUGACCUCCUCAUGUGGUCUUUUGUUUUAAAUCAGAGACACAAAUUUCCAAGUACACAUGAAUCUUGUAUAUAUAGGGAGAUAUUAGGAAAAAUCACCACCAACCCAACACCAGUGGCAGGUCACAUUAAAGAAUCCUGAUGAAACAGAUAAUGUCCUUUUCCUCCCAUCUUGCUUUACACUGAGUAUGUACACUUAGUGUAAGUGUGUACACUGUGUGUGUACAAAAGCAACAGAUUUUUGCCCUCUGACAUGUAUUAUUCCAAAAUGCUAAUUUUAUCUCUAUCAAUGUCUUAUUAACAUCUAAAAAUAUAUAUAUUUUAUUUUAUUGGAAAACUAUGGUUAGGCUGUGAGAGUUUUAUGACAGAAUUGUUUUGAAUCCUUUAUGGCAUGCUUUGAUUACUAAAGGGCAGAGGUUCAAAGUAUAAGUGUCUCUACUGGCAUGAGGGUUUGGAUCAGGACCCAGGUUUGUCAGAAGGUCAAAGCCAAAACAGAAGAGCAGUCAACUGAACUGGUCUGUUUUGAGGACAAAGUGGCCUGACUGAAGAACAUGGCCACAUGCAGUUGUGACACCCCUUUUCCUCUUACCCAGGUUACCCUCCCUCUGGUCUUUUCCUUCCCUCCCCAAUUUCUAUGGCCUAUUGUCAGUGUUCUUUAUUUAUGCUUAUGGAGAGGAAAACAGAAGUGGGGUUCCUACAUUUUGCCUAAUUGAGCCACUACCAGGUUGGCUGGCAGCUUUGGCCACAUUAUUUGUGAGGUGAUUUUUUUCCUUUGUGUUCUGAGUGACUUUUGAUUCUGAUUCUUUAUGUUGUUUUGUAUGGAGCAGCACUUUAUCUGUGUUUUAGCAGAACUGUUCCUCUGUAUCCUUUACGGUUUUUCAUUUUUGUUUCCUUUUUAAAUUAUGCUUAGAGUUUUUUGUGUGCGUGAAAUUAAAGCCUUUA